AUGGAGAAUGUGAUGUCUCAACCUGAGGGCAAGUUCCCUAGUCAACCUGUGGUAAAUCCAAAAGGACAGUAUGAGAUUGGCUCUAAUUCAAACCAAGAACAAUAUCAUGAACAAGCCAAAUCAAUCAUUACCCUUAGGUCCGGUAAACAGAUCGAGAACAAAGUAGAUAUGCCUAGGGAAGAAUCAAAGUCCAAUGCGGAAGAUCAAAAUGAAAUAGAGAGACAUACUAGUGCAUCCAAAGUCCAACAACACUCUGACUCUCCAGGAACCACUCAUGUGUCAUCUUAUGUGCCUAAAGCACCUUUUCCUCAACGUCUGGCACCGGUUAAGAAAGGAAACAACUUUAAUGAGAUAUUGGACAUGUUUAAGCAAGUCCAAAUCAACAUUCCGUUGCUUGAUGCUAUCAAGCAAGUCCCUGCUUACGCUAAGUUUCUUAAAGAUUUAUGCACUCAAAAGCGUAAGAUGAAUGUUCAUAAGAAGGUCUUCCUUGCAGAGCAACUCAGCUCCAUGAUUCAAAACAACACUCCUCCUAAAUUUAGGGAUCCAGGAGCUCCUACCAUUUCUUGUGUCAUAGGAGAGCAUAAGGUUCAGAAAGCGUUGCUUGAUUUAAGGGCCAGUGUUAAUUUGUUACCAUAUUCGGUCUAUGAGCAGCUAGGACUUGGUGAGUUAAAACCAACUAAAAUAACAUUACAACUAGCUGAUAGAUAUAUCAAGGUGCCCCGUGGUAUUAUUGAAGAUGUGCUAAUCCAGGUUGACAAGUUUUAUUUUCCAGUGGAUUUCAUCGUUCUAGAUACUCAACCUGUCCAGAAUCCUACAAGUCAAAUCCCGGUUAUCUUAGGACGUCCAUUCUUGGCCACAUCCAAUGCUAUCAUAAAUUGCAGGAAUGGAGUUAUGAAGUUGUCCUUUGGUAACAUGAAGAUCAAGCUCAACGUUUUCAAUGCUGCACAACAACCAGCAGACUCGGAGGAUAUAUGUGAAGUGGACAUGAUUGAGAGUCUAGUGCAUGAAUCUUUCCUUAAAUCUUCCGAAGACGCACUUGAGACUUGCUUAGCACAUUUUGGCAUGGAUUUUGACAUAGAGAAUUCCAUCCAAGAAGUCAAUGCAUUGCUCGAUUCUACUCCUAUAAUGGAGACUGUUAAAUGGAAAGCGAAAGUGGAACCUCUUCCACCCUCUGAGUCUAAACCGGUUCCAUCUAUUGAGAAACCACCUGAACUUGACCUUAAACAAUUGCCUAAAAACCUCAAGUAUGCAUUUUUAGGUCCGUCUGAGACCCUACCUGUCAUCAGAAUGUCUAACCUUGAGAAGGAACAGAAGAACAAGUUGCUUAAAGUGCUUAGAGAAUAUAAGGCAGCUAUUGGGUGGACGAUAGAGGACAUGAAGGGAGUAAGCCCCACUUUGUGUAUGCAUCGUACUGAUCUUGAAAAAAAUGCAGAAACAUCGCAUGAAAUGCAAAGGGGGCUUAACCCUAACAUAAAAAAGGAUGGUCGAGCGAAGGUGCUUAGAUUGUUAGACGCUGGUAUCAUUCCAACGGAGGUGCUUAGGGUGUUAGACGUGAAAGAAAUCAUUCGAGCGGAGGUGCUUAAAUUGUUGGAUGUCUACCCCGUUUCAAAUAGCACGGUUCAAGUUGUUCCCAACAAGUCUGGGAUUGGUUAA